AUGGAAGAUGCUGCGACGCAAGUGCUCACUGCGCACGGGCUCCCACCUGUCUGGAGCAAGGCACUGAAACGAUUCAAAGACUGCACCAAUAUAGACUUAGAAGCCAUCGACAACGAGGCUGAAUCUCCCAUACUCGGGUUGAGAACGGUCAUAGAUGCCAAGAGCCUGUCGACCACUGUCCGCGCAAAGUCUCCGAGUAACAAGAAACUCAAGAAUGGCCUUGAUCGCAAUCUCGAAUCUUGCAAGCGUGUGUUUGGAGACGUCGACCGCCUUCUGAAUCACGUAAUGGAUGCUGAGCAGGGGAAUGUGCGACGAAGCAUCAUUUUUCGGUCGUUUGCCGCGCUCUUCCUCAGUGCCAAUGACAGCGGCGAUGUCAACGCGAUCGUCCGCCUAUGGGAUCAGGUACCACUCAUGGAGUGUGGCCUGGCAAACAACGUUACAGAAAGCGGUAGAGCUCCGUUUGAAAAUGUUCUCAUGUCCUACGUCACACUGGUGGGGACUGCAUACAAUGUGAUCACGAAGAAGCAUCAUGGCGACACGCUUUCGAGUGAUCGCGAUGUGAAGCAGGUCCUCUCCGAGCUCCACUGGGAGAUGCAUACGUUGCAAUGGAUCGGGGAUCCCCUCGACGAUCAGAUCAAGCGUGGGUGGGAGCAUACGCUCGUUGAAUACGCGAGUCUUGUAGGCGUGUGGUCACCAAACUUCCCGAGGAAGGUCGCCUCGACCGUGGAGCUACAGUCACAACUUCACGCCCUGGGCUUGAAGGAGAGCGCGACGGUACAACUUCGAGCGAACGCAAGAGAACUUGCGGACCUCAUUGUCUCCCGAAGGAUACAUGAGAAUACGAGUGAUGAUAUCGACCCGGUCGUGCUCGGGGCGCUCCUCACACUUGCUGAGGCAUCUCGUGGAAAGACUACCGCAGUCGCGCUCAUAGCGGACCUGAUGGCGGAGAUCACCAAAAUUCUCAAGCACCUUCCACCCAUCACACAAAAGUCGGAGUCGUCGGCAGCCAUUGUGCUCGUCCAGAUCAAGGCCACAACGUUGAGAAUCGUCGGGGAAGGAGCGAAGACCCUACAUUCCGUGUCGGUGCCCUGGAUAUCUUCAUCGCUGUUUGCUCGAAAUGACAAACUGCAAGCCACAAUCCGCGAAUUAGCAUGGCUCGUUGAGAAAGCUUCAACAGCAUAUGCAGCUCAGGGCAAGUAUCACACUGUCUCAACAUCACGGUUCAACGAGAUAUGGGAGAAGGCCCGAAGACGUUACACUGCCAGCACCGGCGUCGACAUAUCUGCCUGGGCAGCUGUUCAGCACAUUGACGCGCUGACAUCAAUUGAAACUACUCUGGAAAAUGGACGGUAUACGUUCCAGCAGGAACACAGGAAGGCGGAAGAAAUCGCGAAGGUGGUAUGGCCGGUGCUGAAGUUCAUGAAAACAUUUGUUGAUUCGGCGGCGGAUCUUGCGGAGCCUCACCUCCCGGGGGUCAAGCUGGCCGCAGCUGCGCUUGAGAAGCUGCUAGAUACGGCAGACAAGCUUGGCUCAAGCUAUGAGCGUAUCCUGAGUCUGUUCGAUGCGUUAUCUGACUUCCUGGACCGCAUGCGUGUACACCUGACGUCGAGACCUGACAUUGAGAUCAUGGAGAUCCAUGAAGAGGUCCUGGCGGAGAUGCUGGUCAUAUUUGGUAUGAUCACCGGGCACAUCAAUAAAGGCUUCCUUGAGCGACUUACUGCUGGAGAUGAUGACAUCAAGGCUACGACCACCAGAUUGCGGGCUCUGUUGGACAAGGAGGACCGAAUGACUGGUGCACUUGUCCUGUCCAAGCUGAAUGACGUGAAACAGACGGUGGAGGAGGGAUUUGCCUCUAUGUCUGGAAGCAAGGCAGGAACGCAGAGUGCAGAUGGAAUGUUACAAUUCAGCUUCCCACCGCGGCCAGUGCUAUUCUUCGGUCGAAAGGAGGAGCGGGAGUACCUCGUGGAUGCGAUCCUGCAGCGGAAACAAACAAUCGCUCUCGGAACAGGCGGCAUUGGCAAAACAACGGUCAUCACAGAGGCACUCUACGACGACCGGGUUCUCUCCCAGUUCACAUGCCGUUACUUUGUUUCCUGCGAGGACAUCACCACCCUGGAUGGAUUGCGCACUGGUAUUGCAGAUGCUCUUGGCAUGCUUGCAGAGCUCCGAACUGAUCAGCUACGCGUCAAUAUCUUGCUCGAACUCGCUCACAAGCCAUCCAUUCUCUUCCUCGACAACUUCGAGACGCUAUUCGACAUUGCAAAUAUCCGGAGUCAAGUGGAGACAGAACUUGAAGCCUAUGCUGGUAUAAACGGGCUCGCACUUGUGAUCACCAUGCGGGGAGCAGAGGCUCCUGCAAGUGGACGCUUGCCAUGGUCCAGGCACAUUCUCCAUCCCAUGUCACAAGCUGAGGGAGUUGUGCUGUUCAAGAGGAUUACCGAGAUCAGCGCCGACGAUCAGGAUCCAUAUGUUGACAAGCUCGUCUCAGCGGUGGAUAGUCUGCCGUUGGCCGUAGUUCUGCUCGCUCAUCAAGCGCACAAGGAUAUUGCGUGUCCGCGGGAUAUCUGGUGUCGAUGGGAGGACCAGCGGGUUGCAAGUGUCACGAGAUCGGAUGGUGUCCGGGGCAGACUGCUCGAUCUAUCCUCAUCCAUCGAGCUCUCCAUCAAUAGUCCUCGCAUGCAGGAAGAUGCACCGGCGGCAUAUGUGAUGACACUUCUCGCUCACAUGCCAAAUGGAUUGCCAAGCUCCACGGUCACUUGGGAAAAGCUAUGA